AUGAACGGAAGUCCGGGACGCGGCGUCGCGUUUCAUGUAAAUGCUGCACAGGCCACGGGAGGUGGUGCCUCUGCGACUAUGAUGGGGGCAGAAAAGGCUGGGCCUCCGGGGUUGAGCAAUGAGCAAUGGAAUACGUUGAUUGCUAUGUUGAAUAACCAACAAAUAAGUUCGAAUGAGAAGUUACCGUUCAACGGAAAGCCCAUUGCUGAGUCUAUGGUAAUUGUUGAAUACAUUGAUGAGACAUUUGAAGGCCUUUCCAUCCUGCCGAAAGACCCUUAUGACCGAGCUUUAGCUCGUUUCUGGGCUAAGUUCCUUGACGAUAAGGUCUUGUAUCGAAAACAUAGAGAGCAUGGAAUACUUUUCAUAAUUUUGUAUGAUAAUGGAGAGGAGCAAGAGAAAGGUAAAGAGGAAGUUUGGGAGAUGCUGAAAAUUCUUGAUAAUGAGCUCAAGGAUAAGAAAUUCUUUGUGAAUGACAAAUUUGGGUUUGCUGAUAUAGCUGCAAAUUUUAUGGGACUUUGGCUAGGAUUAUUUCAAGAAGGCUCUGGAGUUGUCGUAGUCACAAGUGAAAAAUUUCCAAAUUUUUGUGCUUGGAGAGAUGAGUUUUUUAACUGCAGCCAAGUCAAGAAAUAUCUACCUCCAAGAGAUGAGUUGCUUGCUUUUUUCAAAGCUUUUCUAUCUGCAGCUUCUUCUGUAUCGAAGAAAAUGAAUACAUCCUCGUUCAUCUUAUGA